AAAAUAUGAUUUUAUAUAUAUAUAAAGAAAAAAAGAAAGAGAGAGAGGCAUGUGGCAAACAUAUUUUAAAGAUAAAAUUUGGAACAACAAUCGCUAAAGUUGAUAAAAGAGAAGAUAGAAGAUAGCGUUAAAUUUGGAUCAAUCGCCACUUGCGAUAAAUAAAGGAAUCUCAUAAUCGAUUGAAACGUAGAGCUCCCAAAAUGUGCACACUCGAGAAGCGACGCAAUCUCUUCAUCCUAACUCUGACCGGCCACGACGACCACCGCUUCAGCCCCUCCGUCAUCGCCGCUAUCCUCGAAGCUCUUUCCAAAGUCAAGUCCCAAGCCUCCACAGGAUCCGUUCUCAUCACUACUUCCCAUGGCAAAUUCUUCUCCAACGGCUUCGAUCUCUCUUGGGCUCAAGCCGCCGGCUCUGUCUCUGCCGCCGCUGAACGCCUCCACCAUAUGGUCCAGAUUUUCAAGCCCGUUGUCGCUGAACUCCUCUCCCUCCCCAUGCCCACCAUCGCCGCCAUCUCCGGCCACGCCGCCGCGGCUGGCUUCCUGUUAGCACUAAGUCACGACUAUUUGUUGAUGAGGAGCGAUCGAGGAGUUCUGUACAUGAGCGAAGUGGAUCUAGGGCUAAGUUUGCCUGAUUAUUUCGCGGCGCUGUUCAAAUCGAAAAUUGCCUCGAGUUCCGUUCGCCGCGAUGUGCUCAUGAGGGGAAUGAAAGUGAAAGGGGAAGCGGCGGUGAAGAUGGGGAUCGCGGAUUCGGCCCACGAUGGCGAGAACGGCGUCAUGGAGGCUGCCGUCAGACUCGGGGAGCAGUUGGGGGAGAGAAAAUGGAACGGUGAACCCUAUGCGGAAAUUAGGAAAAGUCUUUAUCCAGAGAUCUCUCGGCUACUUGGGUUGCCGGAAAAGGCCAUAUCGAUUUCCAAGCUAUGAGUAAUAAAAAUUGAUCGUUCUUUCAGAAAUUGUGUGGUAAUUUAUGAUGCGAAUUUGAGAUUAGAAUAAAUUUCCUGCUGCCGUCUGUACUAUAAAUCUGAAAGUCGUACAAACAGCUUACUAUGUCACCGGAAAGUUGUUUAUCAGGACGGCGGAAGCUGGUGACCGUCGGUGAAAAUAUCGAUAGGGCAGUCCUACACUUUUCUCCAAGUUUGGGUGUUUUUGUUUUUUCUUCUCCCUGACAUUAAUAUUUCACAAAUAUUCUUUUGGGCA